AUGCAUGAUGGCCCAUCAUCGCCAGAAGCCAGGCCAGAAGAAGAUUGAGAGCUACUUCGCCCUGCCUGGCCAGGCCCCGGCGAGGCCACCGCCCGCUGCAGCGGCAGCUGCUGGUGCUGCUGCCGCUGCAGUGAGGCGGCCGCAGCCCAAGAGCGACCCGCCGCCCUCCAAUAGCGGGAACGACUGCGGCGCGUGUGGACAGAAGAAGGCCGAACCGACCUUCCCAUGUGCUGGUAAUUGAUUUGAUCUGCCGCCAAUGAGAUGAGAUGAAUCCGCCAUUGAGAUGAGAUGAAUACGUUCGUCGGGAUGGAUGGCUCUCUCUGCCCUUCUGUGUGCUCUUUGUCAGGUGGCUGCGGGAACUAUCUGCACCGUUCCUGCUUCCCCAAAGGCCCCUCCCUCGUCUGCCCCUUCUGCGCCCAAUCGCCCGGCCGCAACCCGCCCCGCAAACUGAAUGACGUAUCGCCCGUCGAAGCAGAGGACCGACCGCACUUACCGCCACAGCCCGACGAGGCCGAUCAACCACUACCGGCGGCUAUGCUACGGAUGCAGAGCGAUCCCGCCCAGCCGAUUCCGGCGACUUUUAUGUGGCGGCACGACACGCAGGUCGGCGGGGAAUACUUCCAGCACCCCCACCACCACGAGCACCAGCAGCAGCCAGAGGAGGGGGAGAGGGAGGGGGAGGGGGAGGGGGAUGAGCUGCUGGCUAUCGCAGCCGCUGCCGAUCCUGACAAAGGCAAACAUGAGGUCGGCCUGCCUGGAUGGGGAGAACGAAGAGAGAGAGAGAGAGAGAGAGAGAGAUAUGAAGGCACAUUUUCGUAGUACUGAAUGCCUUUGUGUGGGUGGGGUCACUGGGGUGGGUGCGUUGUGGCCUGCAUGAUGCAGAUUGUAGACAUGGUUCGGGCGGUGAGGUGUCAGGGCAAGACGAUGCUGCGAGCGCUGCUGCCGCUCAUCAACAGCGAUGAGGCCGGGCCCAUCUCUGACCCACAUGCGGUAGCACAAGCCGCCAGACAGGCCAUGUGAGCAGGGCGCAGCACACACAACACACUCUCCAUCACACAGACAUAUGGAUGGCCAUCUGUGGCUCUGUUUGUUGAUGUAUCCACCUAGUGCCGCGUUCGGCGAGCUUGGUCGGCCGGACGACCCCUCCCCUUCUCGUUUGUUUGAGCGUGCCCAGCGGCUCAUCAAGACACCCCUCCGGCACAAGAACCCGCCACCCAAAGACACACGCGCCAUCGGCUCACCACCCGCAGCAGCAGCAGCAGCUGCUGCUGCUGCGUGUCCCGCAGCGCCUUUUCUCGCGCCGGCAGUGGAGGACGAUGGCAUGAAGGUGCGGCCAGCUCAUCAGCCGUGGGAGAAUGACUGGGCCGACGUCGUGAUAGAUGAAGACCACGAAGAUGUGCCAGCUGCGGCCGCUGCUGCUGCUGCAGCUGUUCCCCCACUACGGCAGGAGCCGAUUGUGGUGGAUCUUGAUGAGUAUGAGGAUGACCCAAUGGAAGAGGACGACGCGAAGCCCGCAUCCUCAUCUGCAGCAGCAGCAGCAGCCGCUGCUCCUGUUGGUGUGGGUGGGGCUGGGGGAGCGGAGCUGUUUGGUGACGACGACCCUGCGUUCGAGGAUGACGAGAUCGACCCAUGUCUCUCCCAACCUUUUGACCCAUUCCCCUUUCCGUUCCCAUUCCCAGCCCCCCACCAGCAGCAGCCACAGCAGGAGUCGGAGAGCUUCGACGACAUAGAGAUCUCUCAGGCCCCCGCCGCUGCAGCAGCUGCUGCAGCGGCGGUAGCGCCUCCCCCUCCCCCUCCCCCCCUCCCCGAGCCGGCAGCUGCCGACGACCCCGUGGCCCUUGCCGUGGAGGAUUUCGCGGCCCGUGUCAACAGCAGUGGUGCGGCGCGUCUGUAUCGACCUGACCCGUCGCAGCAGCAGUGGUUCCGCGAGACGCAUGCGUGGUCUCGCGAGCUGAGGAAUCGCAACAGGGAGAUCUUUGGGCACGACAGCUUCAGGGGGCCGCAGAUGGGCGUCAUCAAGUGAGACAAGGGAUGAGACGGGAAGGGCCUCUAAGGGCGUGAGGGCUCGUGCCAUAUGUGUGUGUGUGUGUGUGUGUUUGUGCUAUGGCGUGGUGGGGUGGGGUGGAAUGUGUCAGUGCGGUGCUGUCCAAUCGGGAUGCCUUCGUGGUGAUGCCGACAGGGGGCGGGAAGUCUCUGUGCUUCCAGCUGCCGGCCGUGGUGGGUCGGGCCGGCCUGGUGGUCGUCAUCUCGCCGCUGCGGGCCCUCAUGGAGGACCAGGUCAAGGCAGUCAAGGAGAAGAACGUCUACGCAGAGAGCAUCGACCAAAACACUACCAAGAGCAAGGUUGGUGCGCCACGUUCGCACUCGAUGGGAGAAAAGAUGCCCAUUCCCUGGUGUGGUGUGUGUGGUGUGUUGUGUGUGGUCAGCAUAGUGAGAUAUUGGGGGCGUUGCAGAGCCUGAUAGACGAGGAGGACCCCGCCAACCCCGACAAGGAGCACAUCUGUCUGCUGUACGUGACGCCCGAGAAGCUGGUCAAGUCGACGGCCGUGCAGCGCGUGCUGAAGGAGCUCUACGACGCCGGCAGCCUCAAACUGGUGUGUGUCGACGAGGUACGCCUUUCUGUCUUGCCUCUGUCUGUGUGUGCGUGGGGUGCAUUGUCUUGCGUGUGUGUGUGUUGUUGCUGUGUAUGUGUGCAGGCCCACUGUGUAUGUCAGUGGGGGAGGGAGUUCAGGGACGACUAUCGCAAGUUGGGGCUCAUCAAGAAGAUGGCCCCCAAGACGCCGAUACUCGCACUCACCGCAUCGGCCACGGACUCGGUACAAUGUCAUGCAGCCAUCCAUGGGAUGGAUGGAUGGAUGGAUGAGGGGGUGGAUGGGUGCAGGUGAUUCGUGACGUCCGGAGCACUCUGCAGAUGGCCGCCAGCACGGUGGUCUUCAAGCAGAGCAUCGAUCGGCCCAACCUGUUCAUAGAGGUCCGACACAAAUACCACACGACACGCGAUGUGUGGGGUGUCCGUCAGGUGCGUCCCAAGACGCCCACCUGUCUGCACCAGAUGGCGCAGCUCAUCCAGUCGUCGCCUGAACUGCAGGGCGGAUCAGGGUAGGUUGGGUGCGCCCCGUCCACACCCACACCCACACAAACCGUCCGCGUGUGCAAAUGGAUUGAUUAUUUCUGUGUGUGUUCCUUUUUUUCAGAGUGGUGUAUUGUCUGAGCCAGAAGGACUGUGAGGAGGUGGCCACCCGUCUGCGCGACGCCUUCCACAUCACCGCCGAGGCCUACCACGCCGGCAUGACCGAUCGCAACAGAAAGGAUGUCGGUGUCGGCAGCAGAAACACACACACCACACAGCCCCCAGUAUAUAUGUGUGUGUGUGUAUAUGUAUUCAGAUUCAGCGGCGAUGGAUGAGUGGCGACACGCAGGUCGUGGUGGCCACUGUAGGUAUGUGAGCCGAGCCGGCCAAGCAAAGAUGUUUUCGGGUAUAUGUGCCUGUGUCUACCUCGCUAUGUGUGUCAGCUUUUGGUUUGGGCAUCGACAAGGCCGACGUCCGCUUCGUCUUCCACUACAGCAUUCCACCCACACUAGACCGGUGCAGACGCAGCCCAGCCGCCACACAGCACAUCCCUCCCUCCCUCUCUAUGUGUCCCUCCCUCUGCUGUCAUGUCAGCUACUACCAGGAAAUCGGUCGUGCCGGCCGCGACGGGCGUUUUUCGCGAGUGGUGUUGUGGUACAGCCAGCACGACCAGGGCCGGCAGGAGAAGAUGGCCGCGGGGGAGAGGGGGGGCCGGGGCCGGGGCGGGGGUGGCGGUAGACGACUGGACGAGCUGAAGAGGAUGACUGAGUUCUGCGAUGCUACAGACUGCCGGUGGGUGGGCGGUGGGCAGGGGAGGGACACAUCCAUCCAUCCAUCCAUCCUUUCAUGGCAUGGAUGUCUCUGUCAGGCGCAUUUUGUUGUUGCGGCACUUUGGGGAGGCUCCUCCUGGUGCUGACCUGUGCGGCGCCGGCUGCGACAACUGUGCACACAACCUGCUGCAGGGACAGGUAACCCACCCACUCACGAACAAACACACCGACACACGGCGACCACACGUAUCUGUGUGUGUGUGUGUGGUGUGUGUAUCGUUCUCUGAUCAGUCUGAGGAAGAGGACGUGACGGAAGCGGCCAUGACGAUCGUGUUGUUGGUGCAGGACUACGUCAGGCUCAAGACCGCCAGCGGCAUGUACAGGCUCACGCAAUCGCUGCUCAACGACGCCGCCAGGGGGCUCAACCACAAGAGAAUCGGCCAAACCAAGUUAGUGGGUGCCGAAGGGCGCGGGCAAUCUGCAGGCAUUCACCCGCCUCUGUGUGUGUAUGUGUGUGUGCGUGUGUGCGUGUGCAGGAUGAACACGGCUGGGUCGUACGGCAAGCUGCGGCGGUGGCGCAAGAGCACACAAGACACCAAGGAGUCGAUCGACCAGCUCAUUCGGUCGGCAGGCCAGCAGCGAGGAGGGAGGCACACGCAGACCAGCAAACACCACACCCCCUCUAACCCCCUCUAUCUUCCCCCUCUCUCCCCCUCUCUCCCUGUGUGUGUGUGUGUGUCUGUGUGCUUCUUGCAUGCAGCCUGUUGCUCAACGGCAAGUACCUGACCAACGGCGUGCAGAAGUCCACUUAUCAAGACUUCCCCGUCAUCAAGUGAACACCACCCCUCACCCCACCCCCCAACGCCCAUUCCCUCCGCCCUUCUGUCCAUCUGUUCUCAGGAUCGGCCAGGCGCCCCAGGUCAAGAAGCUCACCAGCGGCAAUGUGACCAUCACCAUGCCCAGGCCCCGCAACAGACCCCCACGCAGACACGGCCCCCCCGCCCUCCCCUCUGGCAACCCAGACAACCACCAGGCCGACGGCAAUGACAACAUGGGAGACGACGACAGUCCCCCCAAGAAGAAGAAGCGGCCGCGGGGGCAUGGGGUCGGGGGAGGGAGAGGCGAAUCGCAUCAGCAACAGCAGCAGCAGCAGCGGCAGAUGGACGAUGACUACAACGACUGGGACGAUGAUGACGACGAUGAUGAGGAUGACGUCCCGCCGCCCCCGGCAAAGAAGAAGAAGAACGCUGGUGGUGGUGGUGGAGGUGGUGGGAAGAGGAAAGGCAAGGCGGGGCGCAAGAGCAACAUGGCCAUCAAUCGGGGCAAGGAGAAACAACCGGCAAAGAAGAAGAGACGAAACUCACAGGUCAGUCAGUCGGUCAGUCGGUCGGGGACCUUUGCUGCCUGAGUCUUGUUUCUCAUAUGAGGAGGUGCGCUUUUUCUGUCUGUGCGCAUCUCUGCAGGGUGGAAUGGCCGCUCACGCUCCCGUGCAGCGAGAAGAUGACGAGGAUGACUGGAGCGGCAAUGAGAUGAUCCUCAUCUCAUCCAGCGGACCCUCAGACGUACGUGAGCAUCGCACACUCCACAAACAAACACAACUAACGACACCACGACUGACUGCAUAUGUCUCUCGCGUUACCAAUCAGCCUGACCGUGACCGCCGUGCAAAGGCAGCCCCGGCCGCACCCCGCCGACCGCCCUCUGGCCCCCGCCAGAAUGCCCAACCCCCUCCGCCCGCUGCUGCAGCUGCUGCUGCUGCCGCACACAAUCAGUUCGCCAACUUCGCGUUCCACCAGAGGCCACCGGCCCCACCAGCAGCAGCACCAGCAGCCGCUGCAGCGGGCGCCAUGCGAGUGUCAGAUCCGCUCGCCUACUCGUCCAGCCAUGACUCUCACAACAAUGCCCCAAGCCGACAGGUGUGCCGACAGAUGAGUGGGCCGGGCGGGGCGAGAGGAGCUGUUCGGGCUCCUGCUCCUGCUGCUGCUGCUGUUGCUGUUGCUGCGAGAAGCGGCGGGGCGGGACACGUAGGCAUGGAAGGUGGCAAUGGCAAUGGCAACGGCGUGGCAGCGCAGCCUGCUGCCAACGGCAACCACCCCGGCAGACCGCCCCAGCAUCAGCAGAGGAAUGGCGGGCCACCCCCGGCAGCAGCAGCGGCGGAUGCGGCCAAUGGCAACACGGGUGCAGGGCGGUUGGCUGGGAGGGUGGGCCACAUCUCUGCUGCUGCAAGGAGGAACCAGAUGGUGAGAAGGCCGGCAAAUCUGCGGGCGGAAGGCGAGAAUGUGCAGCCAGCCAUAGGCCCCGCAAUGAUGAGAGAGCGAGACAGACAGCUGCUCAAUGCGUGGCGGUGACAAUUGAUUGAUGCAUCGUGCGUGCAAUGAUGCACGCACGAUCUUUGACUUUCCAUCUCGCCUUAUCGUUCGCUCGUCAAGCCAUUGC